AUGGAUGAAGAAAAACAUGAUGAUUUCAUUGAUGAAGAAAGUGAUUUUGAAGAUAUUCAUGGUGAACAAAAUACCACAACUCAAGAUCAAGUUGAUAAUUAUGAUCAAAAAAUAUUUAAUAGAAGUAACGCUAUUAGAGAAGAGCUAUUUGAUUUUGGUUCAUUUGGUCGAUCAAUGAUAUGUCCUUUUAAAAAUUUGUGUGAUUUUGCUUAUGAAAUUGAUGUAUUUGAUUAUUCCCCUAUUAGAACACUCAGAUAUGAAAUACCUAAUGCAUUCAAAUCUCAGAAACAGAAUUUUAUACAUUUAUUAGGUCAAAUUAUAACUCCAACUAUUACUAUUUAUGUUAAGGAUUCAUUAAAUUUAACAAAAAAAAAUACCCAAUUGAGGUUAGAUUUUUUAAUGCUGAAAAUUUAA